AUACAUCAAUGUCAAAUUUCAUAGGCGAAAUUUCAAGUUUCAAUCAAUAGUUCAUUUGCAGGUAAAAUGUAAAUAUUUUUGUGUAAGAAGCGGUUUUGUACUGUAAGACCUUAUAAUGCAUUUCUAUAUUUUGUUUCUUGUUAUUCUUCAACUUAAUAGUGUUUAUAACAAGGAUAGUGAUUGUGGUUGUAAUGUAAAACGUGAGUAUCAAGAGCACGUAGGCAAAGACAGUGUGUUUGGUUCCUUGUUGGACAAGGACCGGUGUGAGUCAAAAUUUGAUUGUUUAGAUAAUAUUGAGGAACACAUAAACAAUCAAAUGAUUUUAAUACCCGGAGGGUAUUACCAAGUCGGUACUGAUAAUAUAGCCAUAGAAGCAGACAAAGAAGGUCCUAAGCAUUUAGUAAAACUUAAGAGUUUUUAUUUAGAUAAAUACGAAGUUUCUAAUAAGGAUUUUUACGCUUUUACCAAAUCUACUGAAUACAAGACUGAAGCUGAAACUUUUGGAGAUAGUUUUGUUUUUACACUAUUUCUAAAUAAUACAUUUAAAGAGAAAUUAAAAGACUAUCGUGUGGCCCAAGCUCCUUGGUGGUAUAAAGUGUCUGGUGCCUCUUGGUACCAUCCAUUUGGACCAGAUACUACUAAUUCCGAUAUAAUGGAUCAUCCAGUUAUACAUGUUUCCUGGAAUGAUGCUAAAGCAUAUUGUAUAUGGAAAGGGUUGAGACUACCAACUGAAGAAGAAUGGGAAGCUGCCUGCCGUGGAGGUCACAGGGAUACUAUAUAUCCCUGGGGAGAUAAACUAUUUCCCAAUAAAAAACAUAUGGCUAACAUAUGGCAGGGCACAUUUCCUCACCACAACUCGGCUAAAGAUGGUUAUAUUGGUACAAACCCUGUGCAUUUAUUUUCACAAAAUGAUUUUGGACUGCACAACAUGGCUGGAAAUGUUUGGGAGUGGACCGACAGUGUUUGGUCAAAAGAUACUCCCCUAGAAAAGGUGAAAAGAGGUGGAUCAUACUUAUGCCAUCUAUCUUACUGCUACAGAUAUAGAUGUUCAGCACGUUCACACAACACUGAUGACAGUUCUGCUGGAAACUUAGGUUUUAGGUGUGCCAAAUCUGCAUAAGCCUAAGAGGCUAUUUAGGAAACAAAUUAGCAUAACUUAUACGAUAAUACACUUUAGUAAUCAUCAAGUUAUUAAAGAUGUCAAAAAUAAAGAAUUACAAAUAUAGGUUUCUGUCAGAUCAUUUGGAUCCAAUGAGGUCUUAAAAUUGAUAGGCAACUUGAGUAGAUAAACUAGUUAAACAUGCAAACAUUUUGUUGAAAGAUUGUAUAAAGUAUAAUGUUUCAUUGAUAAAUCUCAAAAUUAGAUAAUUAUUAUAUAAGAUAUGGACCAAUAAUCCCAUAAUAAUUGCGCUUAUCAUUUAUGUGAAUUUAUGUAGUACUUAAUAUUAUACAGUUAUGUUUAUUGUACCUAGUCUUCCUGUAUUUAAAUUGUUAAUAAAAGUAUCC